UUUACUCUCGUACCGCGUUGUCUGUGGCAACCAAACAAGUUCGACGGUACGUGUACGCAUGAAAUGUCACGCACCGAUCGCGAUAUGUGUGUGUAAACUGCAGUUUCUGACAAUACCUGAAGUCUUCAAUUAUUUAAUCACACUUUGACCACUGUUUAGCAACUUUGAGGUUUUUGCAGUAAGCUCAAGUUUGGACAAGUUUUAAAAAAAUCUGCACACUCGGAAAAUUGUGCAGAACACCCUACAUCAAGUUACAAUGACAACAGAACCACCGAUCACCGACCAAGGGAGUGUCCACAGCGGAGGGAAGGAGGACGUAAACAUGAACAACAACGCCAAGCCGGGAGGGGACAAGCAGCCCAUCAGGGCGGGAGUGCGGAGUGGGGGUCGCAAGUCGCUGCCCUCACCGAUAACGAGUGCCAGGAGCAACCCAGCUGCCGAUAAUCGCAACAUGAGGCGCAUCAUCGCCGAGGAUCCUGAUUGGUCGUUGGCCACCGUGCCACUGCUGACGGAGCUGUGCGUGAGUCAUGUGGUCAACAAUUUUGCAGAUCAUCCCAAACUAGAUGAACUGCUACCUAAGUAUAAGGCCAAGGUCUUAGAGAAGAUCUCCACUGACCUUCCUCUGAAGGUGGUUGCUCAUCUGGUGUCCGAUGAAGGCUACUGGGAACGUUGCUGCAAGUCCCGCUGGCAGGUCUGCGACGUCUCCAAGUACGACGGCAGCUGGAAGAGAAUGUUCUUUGAGCGUCACCUGGAGCACAUCGUCGAGCACUUUGUCCCCGAGACCACUGACCUAACCGAGCUUAAUGCAACCCUGCCGCUGGCGAGCCCUUACAUCAAGCGGCUGAACAUCAAGCAGUUGCUGCCGCCAGUUAAAGAGGAGCUCACCAAACAGAUUGACGAUGUCUCGGACGCGGGCAGCGACGCUGGGUUGGACGGACCUAGCAUGGACCAUUUUGAGUUCAGCCUGGUCACCCAGAAGCUCCCCCACCUUCAGGAACUCCGCAUCACCUACGGCGUGCAGGACUGCGGCAUGAACUUUGAGUGGAACCUGUUCCAGUUCACGUCCCGCGAUUGCCAGCUGCUUUCAAAGUGCGUGAAGGCUUGUCGCUCGCUCAAGAUCUUCCAGCUCCACCGGAGCAAAGUGGACGACGAUAAAGUCCGAGUCUUGAUCGCCCAUAUCCUGGAUCAUCCGUCCAUGCAGGAGCUGGACCUGUCCCACAACAUGAUAGGGGACAGUGGGGCCCGUGCCGUGGGGAAACUACUCAACGGACACUGUGUGCUGAAGAAGAUUGACUUGUCUAACAAUCGCAUCAGGGCCAAUGGAGCUGCAGCUAUUGGUCAUGCUCUGGCAAAGAAUACAACGCUCAGAUACCUUAACAUCAGACUUAACAGAAUGGGGGAUGAAGGUGGUCAAGCUCUGUGCCGUGCCCUGAUCAAGAACAGCACCCUGGAGGAACUGAACGUGGGCAGUAACGAGCUGACAGAACCCACGGCGGCUAUCAUGGCCCAGGUCGUCAUCAACAACAUCACGCUCAGGAGAGUCAACUUGUCUUGUAACAGACUCGGCCCAGAUGGAGGCAAGCAAAUACAGGAGGGCAUGGAGGAGAACAAGACCAUCCAGGAGCUAGACUUACGGCUGACUGAGGUGGGGCAGGAGUCAGAGUACUGCAUCAACCAGAUCCUGAAGAAGAACCAGGAGAGGGAACGGGAACUACAGCUGAUGGAGAAAGAGAAGAACUCACUGGACAGAUAGACAGGUUGUCGCAGCAAGAGGGAAUGAAUCCAUGCUGGAUAGAGCUUGUUUUGUUUUGAAUAAAUUGAGUAAAUUUCUUUGGAAAACAAUUAAGAUGGAGGUACGGUUAACUUUACUAAUAGUCUGCUGUCUUUUGGCAGUCGCAUCAUCGUUGUAGUCCAGUCCAUCACAAGUCCUCAAGUGUCCUCACAAGUCCAUCUCGAUCCAAUACUAUUCAUCUGGUCCUAAGUCAAGUCACAAGCUGGUCAGUGAACUAUGAUGAAAACAGUUAUUUGUUAUUCAUCCCCUGUUACUGGUCUUACUUGUGAGUGGACUUGUGAUGGACUUGACUACAUGUACUUAAAAAUACUGAAUGACAUUAUAGUGUUAUGAACACGGCAUAAAAUAUGCCAGAUUUGUAAUCAAGUCUUCACUGGUCAUCAUAAGUCAUUGAGUUCCAAGUCAAUUGAAAAGUCAACAACCCUACUAGAUGGACCAGAAAUUAAGUUUAUUAUUGCAUAAUAGUGGUGCUCCAGUCUCGUUAUGGGCUCCAUGUGCAACAAGAAAGGGUACAUUUUGACCACUUUUGAGGGCCCGCAGACAAGACACACUUGGUAUGCGUACAGGUUUGUGCGCGUAAAGUGUGGAGUACACACAAGUUGAGGUCCUUUCUGAAUGUGCACAAAUCCAAGGCGUUGUUGGCAAUGCAUUUCAGUGCCACACCCAGUGGUCUCCCCCAACUCUCCCUUUCUUAUCAUUGAGGGGGUACUUGCGCAAGGAACCUAUAUUCAAACAGGGAAAGUUCUGCAAGCCGAAAUUUCCCAAGUGCCAUGCUCAAGUUACUUGAGCAUUGAAGGUAACAAUCCGUAGUGUUAACAGUGAAUCAAGUAAAGGACCUUACAAGCAGGGCAUCAUAUUGUACAUUGUUGUAUUGUGAGUUCAUAACAAGUGCAUAGAGAGGUUUUAAAAAUGGCCACAUAUAUUUAUCUAGAGAGUAUAUUAAAGUUGUAAAACUAAGUUAAAAUAAUGUUUGGCCUAUUUUCUUAAUAAAUAUAAGGUUGAACAUAGAAAUGACCGGA